UUUUUUAAUACUUUCUUUUGUGUGUCCCUGAUUCUAAAGCCAUUCCCGAAGGAUACAAUUUCCCACAGCUACGGUGCUCCAGUGGCUGCUUUUGUUUUGACUCACAAAACCUUGCUUCUGUUUUCUGAAGGCUGGACAAAGAAGCGGCGACUCUACAGUAAAUUUGACUCUGAAGCAUUUUGUUCAAACCGCAGCGAUAUGCUCACAGCAAAAUUAAAUCUUGAAUCAAAUACAUUCAUUGGAUCAAGUUAGAAAAUAAACGUAGACUCCACCAUGCUUACAUAAAUCCUUACAUUUCAUUGAUAACACCGGUGUGAAAGUUUCCCCAAACUCUUCUUAGAAAAAUGACACUACCAAAGAAAAACGUAUGUAGGCUACACAGUUUAAUUAUGCCCUCUUCUGCCAUCUAGUGGAAGAGUAAUUCAUUGUUUUGUCAUUGUACAUCAGGGGUCUCAAACUCAAUUUACCUUGGGGCCACUGGAGCUAGGGUCUGGGCAAGGCUGGGCCGCAUCAGGUUUUCAAAAAAAAAAAAAACGCAUUUAUUAAAAACAGAAAAAUAUACAAACUUUUUCAGUGCUUUGGUUCCGAUUUUUUUCUGCACAAAAUAAGAUGAAAAAUAAAUAAACAAAUCAAGAAUAAAAAAAAUCAAUCAAUCAGUAAUAAAUAUAAUAAUAAUAAUAAUAAUAAUAACUAAUAAUAAAAAAUAAUAAUUAAUAAUAAUAAAUAAAAAUAGAAACCACAUAUAGUUGGUGGAUAGACAAAUUAUUUUUUUCAGAUUAAAAUGAACAAAGCAUUAUUAGAGCCCUGUAGACAUGACAAAACACGACUAUAGUCACAUUUAUACUCUUUUUAUUUACAACAUAUUGCGCAACUGCAGGGUCUUGAGACACAUGCUAACUCGCAAACUAGAGAGCUAGCGACCUAAACGGUAUCCUUCAAGUUAUUUCCUUUAAACUUAAAUAGCCAAAAACUUACCACUUCCACACGGAUAGGGAGGAUAACUAUUAACAGUUAUUUAACCUUUAACAUGAACAUUAACCAAACGUAAUAAUUUUUUCUGGGUACAUGAUACCAUACAGCAUCCAUGUCAAACUUAAACUUUCAUAUCAAGGCGGGGGCCUCAAACUAGUGUCCUGCGGGCCACAUUUGGCUCGCGGGCCGCGUGUUUGAGACCCCUGUUGUACAUAGUGGCAUAAAUAUACAGUACUUUUCAUCAAAAAAUUUAAGACCAGUUUAAAAAAAUGUACAUUUUACACUUUUGGAUCUUGAUGCGGAGCUUCAAAAUGCAAAAAUAUAAAAAAUGGUGGUCAGAAAAAAAUGUAACCUUGACGGUCCUGAUGGCUUCCAAUGUUACUGGAACACAGUAUUGGGGCGGCCAUUUUCAGUCUGUACCUUUUUUUUUAUAUUGCAUACUGUGUAUGUAGUGUAUAAAGUACACUAAUUUGCCACUAGUAGCACUGAGACGUUCAUAUGUGUUCAUAUGGAAAAGGUGAGAACAAAAUGCUUUUGAUUUAAUACUCAGUACUAUGAAUUUAUUGUAUGUAUAUUACUAAGAAGUAUUAAUUUAACAGUAUAUCUGUUCCUAUGCUAGUAAUUAGCACCGCAGCUCAUCGCGAGAGAUGUUCCUCAAUGAGGUAAGCAAAUAUUAGACACAUUAUUACUAUGACGCAGCAAUUGCACACGUGCAAAACCGAGCACGAGCUUUCUUUGUACUGAAGUCAAUAACCUAUGACGUCAUGAAGGUGUGCCUUUUUAUAUUUGACGCGCGGGCGCCAACAGUGUCACCUGUGGACAUUUGUGGUACUGCGUGACGUCGGCGUCGUCUUGAGCGUCGAGACGCUGUGGGUCCUGUCAUGGUCAGGAGGAAACUCCUCCCAGAACAACAACGCGUUCCGCCGCCUCACCAGCGCUAUGGUCUCUUGGAUCAUCUCCAGACUUGUGGUACUCGUAUUUGGUACAUUAUACCCUGCAUACUCAUCCUAUAAAGCUGUGAAGUCAAAAGAUGUGAGAGAAUAUGUGAAAUGGAUGAUGUACUGGAUUAUAUUUGCCCUAUACACGGCUGUGGAAGUGUUCACGGAUAUGUUUCUUUGUUGGCUUCCUUUCUACUAUGAACUGAAGAUAGCCUUUGUGGUGUGGUUGCUGUCCCCGUAUACUAAAGGCUCCAGCGUGCUCUACAGGAAGUUUGUCCACCCGACUCUUUCCUCUAAAGAAAAGGAUAUUGAUGACUACAUCUGCCAAGCCAAGGACAAAAGCUAUGACACGCUGGUGCAUUAUGGGAGAAAGGGACUGAAUGUUGCCGCUACAGCUGCAGUCAUGGCUGCAGCAAAGGGCCAAGGAGUGCUGUCAGACAGGUUGAGGAGUUUCAGCAUGCAAGAUCUGUCUUCCUACCAGUCGCACCAGGUCGACCCCAGCAACGUGUCUUCGCAACCCGCAACCACAACAGCAGCUCAGCACCGGACUCGCACCAUGAUGCGUAGCAAGUCUGAAAGCUACAAUAAAGGACAGGAUUUUGACAUGACCGAGUAUGAAGUGUUGGGAUUAUACCAGGGGAAGGCGGAGGACUCCCCGACACCCGAUCCCUCCCCACCAUCCACACCCUCUCCCACUCCUCCAACCUUGGAGCAGCCAGAGGAGGGAAUGAGUGGGGGGGUGCGGGGGGGUCCAGACUCACCUCAGCUCGGUUUGAUGAAAAGAAAAGCUCCCGAGCCUCCUCUUAGAGUCUUAAGGCCUCUCACGAGAUCCAGGAGCGCUUUGGCUUCAAACGCUGAAGCCAUGUGAACGUGUCAGCCAUGCGGAUCGGCGCCUCCAGCUGCAAGAACGUAAAGAAAAGAACACCGACUCGCCCCAAGCCUCAUGUGACUGCAGCAACACUGCUUUGGAAUUAGUAUUACCAAAGUGACCUAUGGUGACAUGUCGAUAUCAUAUAGAAGGACUACAGAGUGAAUGGUGUAGGGCUUUCAUGUGUACAGUGUGCUUUAUUUUCAUUUUUGUUCCCCUUUUUCAUUUCUCUGUCAGGAACGGGCAGGCACCUUGCAUGCAGGUCUGGCCUUGUUAGUAACGUGUCGCCGGGCGCCAAGGAUCAAAUGCAUGGCAAUUGUUCUGAGAAAAGAUUCCUAAGAAAACAUGUUUUCAUGAGGAGUCGAGCAGCGGUUGGAAUGAUUUACCUCUCGUAAAGCCUUAAUGAAAGAAACAUCACACGUUAAGUGGAUCCCUGCAGAUUUCAUCAAAAAAAAUGUAUUUAUAAAAUAAAACCUUGAUAUUUAAAUACUCCUGCAUCACAAACUCAACAGCAGCUUAUCAACUCAAAUGGCUUAUCAGUCACAGUGCAACAAAAAAGUAACAUGUGCAACAAUGUCAUUAUAUUGAUGUACACUAUAUGUGCCCUGUGAUUGGCUGGCCACCAGUCCAGGGUGUACCCCGCCUCUCGCCCGAAGACAGCUGGGAUAGGCUCCAGCACCCUCGUGAAAAGCGGUAGAAAAUAAAUGAAUGAAUGAAUUUAAUUACCAUUUAGAACCCGCAAGUCAUGCUGGGAAGCCCACAAACAGGAAGUAACCCAGUUAUGAGUUUAACAUGCUAGGUUAAUAAGCGACUCCAAAUUGUCCAUAGGUAUGAAUGUGAGUGUGAAUGGUUGUUUGUCUAUAUGUGCCCUGUGAUUGGCUGGCAAAUCAGUCCAGGGUGUACCCCGCCUCUCGCCUGAAGAAAGCUGGGAUAGGCUCCAUCACCCCCACGACCCUCGUGAGGAAAAGUGGUAGAAAAUGAAUGAAUGAAUUUAAUUGCCAUUUAGAACCCGCAAGUCAUGCUGGGAAGCCCACAAACAGGAAGUAACCCAGUUAUGAGUUUAACAUGCUAGGUUAAUUAGCGACUCCAAAUUGUCCAUAGGUAUGAAUGUGAGUGUGAAUGGUUGUUUGUCUAUAUGUGCCCUGUGAUUGGCUGGCAAACCAGUCCAGGGUGUACCCCGCCUCUCGCCCCAAGACAGCUGGGAUAGGCUCCAGCACCCCCAUGAAAAAUGGUAGAAAAUUAAUGAAUUUAAUUGCCAUUUAAAACCUGCAAGUCAUGCUGGGAAGCCCACAAACAGGAAGUAACCCAGUUAUGAGUUUAACAUGCUAGGUUAAUAAGCGACUCCAAAUUGUCCAUAGGUAUGAAUGUGAGUGUGAAUGGUUGUUUGUCUAUAUGUGCCCUGUGAUUGGCUGGCCACCAGUCCAGGGUGUACCCCACCUCUCACCCGAAGACAGCUGGGAUAGGCUCCAGCACCCCCGCGAAACUUGUGAAAAGCGGUAGAAAAUGAAUGAAUAUAAUUGCCAUUUAGAACCCGCAAGUCAUGCUGGGAAGCCCACAAACAGGAAGUAACCCAGUUAUGAGUUUAACAUGCUAGGUUAAUAAGCGACUCCAAAUUGUCCAUAGGUAUGAAUGUGAGUGUGAAUGGUUGUUUGUCUAUAUGUGCACUGUGAUUGGCUGGCAAACCAGUCCAGGGUGUACCCCGCCUCUUGCCUGAAGACAGCUGGGAUAGGCUCCAGCACCCCCGCGAGGAUAAGCAGUAGAAAAUGAAUGAAUGUUUUGUGUGGUGUAUUAGCAUCUAAGUGUGUACUUUGAUACCCAAAUAGUGCAUUAUUUGCCCCAUGAGUGAUAUACACAUUUGGGUUGAUAAGCUUUGUGUUUGAGUGGCAAAAACACUUUUAUGGGCAUCUCAAUGACUUGGGUUCUACUAUGUAUUUGUCAUAAUUCAUUCUGUACUAUGUGGUUGAUAUAGUUUGUGGCCCACAAUAUUAGAAAUUGACCAAAACAGUAGUAGGGAAAAACACAAUAAUUUUGUUUUUAUGUGGUGGGUAUGUUUGAUUUAGUCACUUGCACAAAAGCUCAAUCAUUUUCAUUAUAACCCGUAUUGUUUUUUUUUUGUCCAUGAAUUGUUUUCUAUUUUACAUUAGGGAUAUUUUCCAAUUGUAUUUAUGCACCGGGUCUAUUGUAAUCACUGCUUCAUUCAUGCUGAAACUAUGAGUAGCUUCUAAGGUGCAAUCACCCCCUGUUUACUGGGGUGUUGUACAUACACACGUCGUAUCGAGUAUACUUUAAUGUGAUUGAAAUGGGAAAGUCAUGUUUUAGCAAAAGUAAUCACUGCAUGAUAUUUUGUUAUUUAGAUGGAAUUCUUAAGUGAAUUAAUGUGAAGCUUGUACCCCUGUGCAAAAAGAAUGACUUAUUUGCUUCCACUUCACAGGGGUGAUCUUAAAAUUGAGUUUCUGUUCUGGCAGGCCAGAAUAAUCCAUUUGAAAUUUGAUGUGAGCUAUAAGAGUAGCAGCAGUGAUGUGGUGACAAUGAUGGGUAGUUACAAAUCACUUUACAGCUAUUAAAUAUGGAGAAAAUGUAUUUGUGUGUGUGUGUGUGUGUGCAGCAGAGACACCGAUACAGUACAUGACUUAAAGUGAAUUUCAUUAGGAAGGAAGGAAGGAAUGAACUAAGGAAGGAACUAAGGAACUGUUGGUGUGACUUUCAGUAUAUUCUAUUCAGUAUAUCCCUCGUUUAGCGCAAUGCAUUGGUUCCAGACCCGACCGUGAUAAGUGAAUUUCCUUAGGAAGGAAGGAACUAAGGAAGGAACUAAGGAACUGUUGGUGUGACUUUCAGUAUAAUCUAUUCAGUAUAUCCCUCGUUUAGCGCAAUGUAUUGGUUCCAGACCCGACCAUGAUAAGUGAAUUUCCUUAGGAAGGAAGGAAGGAACUAAGGAAGGAACUAAGGAACUGUUGAUGUGACUUUCAGUAUAUUCUAUUCCGUAUAUCCCUCGUUUAGCGCAAUGUAUUGGUUCCAGACCCGACCGUGAUAAGUGAAUUUCCUUAAGGAAUGAAUGAACGAAUGAACUAAGGAAGGAACUAAGGAAGGAACUAAGGAAGGAACUAAGGAACUGUUGGUGUGACUUUCAGUAUAUUCUAUUCCGUAUAUCCCUCGUUUAGCGCAAUGUAUUGGUUCCAGACCCGACCGUGAUAAGUGAAUUUCCUUAGGAUCUGGUAUGGAUCAUCCACAAACCAGUUCCUCCUUUUCCAAAACGGGGUAUUGGUUCCAGACCCGACCGUGAUAAGUGAAUUUCCUUAGGAAGGAAUGAACGAAUGAACUAAGGAACUAAGGAACUGUUGGUGUGACUUUCAGUAUAUUCUAUUCAGUAUAUCCCUCGUUUAGCACAAUGUAUUGGUUCCAGACCCGACAGUGAUAAGUGAAUUUCCUUAGGAAGGAAGGAAGGAACGAACAAACUAAGGAAGGAACUAAGGAACUGUUGGUGUGACUUUCAGUAUAUUCUAUUCAGUGUAUCCCUCGUUUAGCACAAUGUAUUGGUUCCAGACCCGACCGUGAUAAGUGAAUUUCCUUAGGAAGGAAGGAAGGAACUAACUAAGGAACUGUUGGUGUGACUUUCAGUAUAUCCCUCGUUUAGCGCAAUGUAUUGGUUCCAAACGCGAGCAUUAGUAUCGGUUCUAGAAGUGAUUUCCUUCUCUCCAAAAGUAAAUAUGGAGAAAAUGUAUUUUUAAGUGUGUAUGUGUGUGUGGUGCAGCAGAACAAAACAGGAUAUACCGUAGCGUAUGAUUGUAACAUUUAUACAAGACACCGAUAUACAGUACAUGACUUUAAAGUUUAAGGUUGACCCUGUCGUGGUACUUCUGGUACGGAUCAUCCACAAACCAGUUCCUCCUUUUCCAAAACGGGGUUGUCAUUUUAUCGAGAAGUUUGCACUGCGUUUUAUUACAAAAGACGUGCUCCCUCAGACGCUUUCGCCUGGCGGGUUUCUUCUUCCAAAGUUUCUUCUUGUAUCCGGCCUUCAUUCAGGUGGAACAACAAAAGACGUUUCACGACUCAAUGUACAAUAAAUACAAGCAGUAAUAGUAAUACAG